GUUUCCGAAACAACGGCGCAAGCAGUCUGCGUUCUUCUCCAAUGUUCUUCACUUCUCUCUCUACAAAAACGUGUUUACUCUUGUGUUUGAAUUUUCAAGGGCAGGGAGAGAGAAAGGGCAUCAUAGAACCAGUUCGCGAAUCACAAAGAGAAGAGUGUAGCCCUCUUUCUUCUCGUUAGUUUUUGAUUUUUUCCUCUUCCUUUCUUGUUUGUUUCCCCCCCUCUUUUUUCGAGUAUGGAUUGUGUAGUUACCUAUAAGGAUUAGAGCGCACCUCUGUCCACCAAAGAAGAUCUGGUUUCGAUUCUCUCCGAUUUUCUUGCUCUCUUCUUGUUUUUAUUCUUCAAUCGCCUUCUUACUGCUGAGUUUCGAUUCGAAUCCUGUUUUUGUUUUUGGUUCUCAAUCUUAUUCCGGGAGGAUUUCUUGUUUUGUUUUGUUUUUUUUUUUCCCUGUUCUUGCUCUGAGGAAGAAGAGGUGUUCUGGGAUUGAUUGAUUGAUUUGGGUUUCUGUUUGGUGGGUUUGUGUUUAAAUGGGCGAAACGCGGAAUGGAUUUGAUUAAUGGAUGAGGGACAUCGGAUUGUGAAGCGUUUGAGGUCUUUGCAUAUGGUGGAAUGCUAAGAUCUGGAGCUGGAUGUGAAUGGAAUCUGAUGUAUUGGCGACUUGUUGGUUUUCCCUCUUCAGUUGAGGCGGCCAUUGGGGUUUGAGUGUCUCCAAUUUUGGGCUUAAAUGGAUUGAAGAAACUUGGGUUUUGGAUGCAAUGUUCAAGGCAUUGCCAUCUGGGUUUCUGAUUUUGUUAUUAUUGGUAUCUGUUUCUGCUACCGACAACGGAUUUCCGCGAUGUAAUUGCGACGAUGAGGGUAGUUUAUGGAGCAUCGAGAGCAUUUUGGAGUGUCAGCGUGUGAGUGAUUUCUUGAUUGCUGUGGCUUACUUCUCCAUCCCUAUUGAACUUCUUUACUUCGUUAGUUGCUCCAAUGUACCCUUUAAAUGGGUUCUGUUUCAGUUCAUUUCCUUCAUUGUUCUAUGUGGUUUGACCCAUUUGCUCAAUGGCUGGACUUAUGGCCCUCACUCCUUCCAGUUAAUGCUAGCUCUCACUGUCUUCAAAAUCCUCACAGCUCUGGUUUCUUGUGCUACUGCUAUUACCCUCAUCACUCUCAUUCCUUUGCUUCUCAAGGUGAAGGUGAGGGAGUUUAUGUUGAAGAAGAAGACAUGGGAUCUUGGCAUCGAAGUUGGGAUGAUAAUGAGACAGAACGAAGCUGGCUUACACGUUCGGAUGCUUACUCAAGAGAUCCGCAAGUCGCUUGAUCGACAUACCAUACUUUACACGACCAUGUAUGAGCUUUCUCAAACUUUGGGUUUGCAUUACUGUGCAGUUUGGAUGCCUAAUGAGAGCAAGACAGUUAUGAAUUUGACUCAUGAGUUGAAGGAUAGGAGCUUCUCAGAUGGUUAUAAUGUCUCUAUACCGAUUAGUGAUUCCGAUGUCAUUAGAAUCAAGGGUAGCGAUGGGGUUAACAUUCUUGAACCAAAUUCAGCUCUUGUUGUUGCUAACUGUGGCGAGUCUGAUCAAAGGGGACCUGCAGCAGCGAUUAGAAUGCCGAUGCUACGUGUUUCAAAUUUUAAAGGAGGAACUCCUGAGAUUGUUCCGACUUACUAUGCAAUUUUGGUUUUGGUUCUCCCUGGUGGACAGCCUAGAUCUUGGAACAACCAGGAACUUGAGAUAAUUAAGGUUGUUGCGGACCAGGUGGCUGUAGCUCUCUCCCAUGCCGCCCUUCUCGAAGAGUCCCAGCUCAUGAGGGAGAAACUGGCCGAACAAAACCGAGCGCUGCAGCAGGCUAAGAUGAAGGCUAUGAUGGCAAGCCAAGCUAGGCAAUCCUUUCAGAUGGUAAUGAGUGAUGGUAUGAGGAGACCUAUGCACUCCAUCUUGGGUUUGCUUUCGAUGCUGCAGAAUGAGAAUGUUAAUGACGACCAACGAAUUAUCCUCGAUGCAAUGGCGAGGACUGGUAAUGUUGUUUCGACAUUGAUAGAUGAUGUUAUGGACGAUUCGAUUAAGGAUAGUGCAAGAUUUCCUUUGGAAUUGGAGAUGAGAUCUUUCAGGUUACAUUCUAUGAUAAAGGAGGCAGGUUGUCUUGCCAAGUGCUUGUGUACUUAUAAGGGCUUUGGUUUUGCGUUCGAGGUUCAGAGAUCUCUGCCCGAUCACGUCAUGGGCGACGAGAGAAGGGUUUUUCAGGUGAUUUUACAUAUGGUAGGGAGCCUGUUAAAUGACAUCAACCAGGGAGGAGGAUAUGCUUUGUUUCGGGUUGUCGCUGAGAGCGGAAGUCAGGGAAGGAACGACCAAAGAUGGGGUAACUGGAGACAAAACUCUUCUGAUGGGGAUGCAUAUAUCAGAUUUGAGAUUGGGAUAAACAAGAGUAACUCUCAAUCCGAGGGCGGCUCUAUUCCUAACGUGGUAUCUGGGGAUUGGAGAUACGCUAGCGGGGACGGAGCCGAGGAACGCUUGAGCUUUACCAUCUGCAAGAAGCUCGUUAAGUUGAUGCAAGGGAAUAUAUGGGUAAUCCCAAAUCCUCAAGGCUUUACACGAAGCAUGGCACUCGUUCUUCGUUUUCAACUCCGACCCUCGAUAGCAGUGGCCAUACCAGAGUCUGGAGAAUCAUAUGAACAUCCACACUCCAACUCCAUCUUCAGAGGCUUGCAAGUUCUUUUAGCUGAUGCUGACGACAUGAACAGAGCUGUGACACGAAAACUGCUCGAGAAGUUGGGCUGCAACGUGACUGCUGUUUCUUCUGGAUAUGAAUGUCUAACAGCCAUGGCAACUGCCAGUGCCUCAAUCCAAGUGGUCCUCUUGGAUCUUUACAUGCCAGAAAUAGAUGGUUUCGAAGUUACGUCGAGGAUCCGAAAGUUUCGAAGCCAGAAUUACAAACCAGUGAUCAUUGCAUUAACUGCAAGCGCAGGUGAAGACUUGUGGGAAAAAUGUGUUCAGACUGGCAUGAACGGUCUCAUUCGAAAGCCAGUUCAGUUGCAAGGAAUCACCACCGAGCUUCGCCGUGCUCUGCUGCAAACGAACAAGGUCAUUUGAGAUGGAAAAAUGGCUUCCGCCCAGAGAGAACGACACGAAGAACUCGAAAAAAUAUUCCAGAAUUUGACAGUGAAAAUGGUAUACUGUAGUUGUUGCCCCAACC